CAUACAGAAAAUUCCCAAGAAUAAAUAACUCUGUGUUUCAGAGUAAGUUGCAGACUCAAACCACAUUGGUUGUGCAUGGCACUGCUGAAUAUGAUACUGUAACGCGUUAUUUUGUCCUUUUGGCAACACAUGCAAGUCCUUUGCACGCAAGCCUACUCACUGUUACAUACUGAUUCCCUGUGAUGCUUUCUCAGUGAUGUUUGUCACGAUGGCGUCUAUUUCCUCCUCCUGUCGGUUCGUUAGCAGGCUUGGAGUAAAGUGGAGGUUUUUCCCUUUGCCCCUGCUGGGCUGGAAGACGUUGGCCACAUCUGUGCGACUCGAAUCCCAGUGCUCAUUCGCAACGGAGAAGAACAUUUUCCUGAUGGGCCCUCCCGGAGCAGGGAAGACGACCGUGGGGAGGAUCGUUGCUCAGAGGCUCGGCCGUCCUCUCAUCGACGUAGAUGAUGACAUCUUGGAGCGACAGUGGAACAUGCCUGUUGCAGAGAAGCUCUCAGCUGUUGGCCCCGAGCACUUUCUGGAGGAAGAGGCCAAGGCCCUGUCUGGCUUUUCAGCCCAUGGGUGUGUUGUCUCGCUGACUGGGUCCAACCCGCUGUGCUCAGGGACCAUGCAGCACCUGAGACGCACUGGCACCGUGUUGUACUUAGAUGUGGACGAAGAGGACAUCCUGCUAAGGCUUUCAAGAAUGAAAGUGAGCCGAAUCGUUGGCCAAGAGCCUGGAGUUUCCAUGAGGGACGUCUUGCGGUACAGGCGACAGUUUUAUAAUCAGUGUUUUGACAUCAGGGUGCUUUGCGCAUCUGGAGACACAGAGGAAGAGGUGGCGGAAAAAGCACUCCUGGCGCUACAUAGGCAUCGAGACUCGGAAUCGGAAACGUUCGUUUCCACAAGAAGUGAUAAGGUUGCACAGGAAGACGUGGCUCGCGAUGAAAAACACUUCAGCGAUGUUGUUGUUGAAGGAUUGGCGCCGGACAGUGGCCUCUACGUUCCUAAAGAAGGGUUUCCCAAGCUACAGCCUGGGCAGUGGCUGAGAAUGGUCCACAUGUCAUACCCUCAAAGAGCAGCCAUCAUUCUUGAGAACUGCAUACACCCUGUAGAUGUGCCUGCCACAGAGCUCCAGAGGAUGGUGAGCAAGGCUUACGGGGAGAACUUUGCAUGUGCUGUUGUUGCUCCCGUGCGCCACCUUGCCCAUAAUCAGUAUGUUCAGGAGCUCUUCCACGGGCCUACGGCCUCCUUCAAAGAUUUAGCCUUGCAGCUUGUACCGCGGCUGUUUGCAUACUGCCUCCCGCAGAUGUGCAACUACCUGGUCCUGGUGGCGACGUCUGGAGAUACGGGCAGUGCGGUGCUGGACGGCUUCGCGAGCCUCCCUGAUGGAGACAGGCAGAGAAUCGGUGUGCUGGUGUUCUUUCCUGAAAAUGGCGUGAGCGAAAUACAGAAGCUGCAGAUGACGAGCUUUAAGGAGGGCAACACAAGAACCGUUGGCGUCACUGCGAACUUUGACUUCUGCCAGAAGGCUAUCAAGCAGAUGUUUUCUGAUCCCAGCCUGGCCGGAUGCCUGGCUGUUGAGUACGGCACAGUACUGAGCACAGCCAACUCUAUCAACUGGGCACGUCUUUUGCCGCAGGUUGUUUACCACGCCUCGGCCUACCUGGACCUAGUCCGGGAUGGUGUGAUCGGAUUUGGAGAUCCUAUCGAUGUCUGCAUCCCCACAGGGAACUUUGGCAACAUGAUGUCCGCGAUAUACGUGAAACAGAUGGGCAUUCCCAUAAGGAAGUUCAUCUGUGCCUCCAACCACAACUGCGCUGUGGCUGACUUCAUCGCCACUGGGCACUAUGAGCUCCAGGACAGGGUUCUCACACCAUCCAUUUCGCCAGCUAUCGAUAUCCUUAAGUCCUCCAAUCUUGAGAGGUUCAUCUAUCAUGCCUCAGGUGGGAAUGGACGUCUCGUGAAGGAUGUGUUCUCUUCCCUUGAUGCGAGGGGGUCUUUCGUGCUUCCCCAAGACGUGUUUCAUAAGAUACAGGCGGAUGUGCUGGCAGGCUGGUGCUCCGAGGAGGAGUGCCUGGCAGCCAUCCGUGACGUGCACACCAGAACAGGCUAUAUCCUGGACCCUCAUACGGCUGUUGCCAAGGUGGUGGCGGACCACCUUCAGGAUCGGACAUGCCCUGUGGUUAUUGCCUCCACCGCGCAUCAUGACAAGUUUGCGCCUGCAAUUCUCCGGGCUCUACAGCUUGCAGAGUCACCAGAGCAGCUUCUGCCCCUGGAGCAGCUGGACCGGCUCCGUUCGUGCGGGUCCCAGCCCGUCAUGCACGAGGCAUUGCAGAGGUGUCUGAGCAACAGCAAGACUCAGCCUCAUGCUGUGUGCCAAGCAGAUUUUAGUUUGCUGGCAGAACAAGUGGAAACAAUGGCACAAGAUUUAUUCCUGAAAGUUUGAUAAUAAAACUGCAUCUGCAGUUUGGAAUCCAGAUAGACAUAUAAAAUGCACAUAUUAUUAAUUAACCUAUUGUUAAUUAACCAGAACAAAACACUUCUAUUGUAUAUUUACUGUGUAUUCAGAAAGUAUUCA